AUGCACCAGUGGGAAAAGCCUAUCCUCCGUAAAGCAGCCGGUGUACCGUCCGCUCUCACGAAUGAUCCGAGGAUGGCGGAGGGUCCCAGGUCAUGUGACUGUUUUGUAUCGCUGCCCCCUGGAUCCAAACACGAACAAGUGAUUUUUGGGAAGAACUCGGACCGACCGCGUGAUGAGGUUCAGGAGGUGAUUUUCUAUCCUGCGGAAAACCACCCACCAGGCUCAAUGCUGGAGUGCACGUACAUCCAGAUUCCUCAGGUGGAGCAGACCCAUGCGGUGGUGCUCAGUAAGCCUGCCUGGAUGUGGGGGGCUGAGAUGGGGGCCAAUGACCAGGGCGUAUGCGUCGGGAACGAGGCGGUGUGGACCAAAGAGGAGGUGAACCCUGGAGAGGCGCUACUCGGCAUGGACCUGCUACGUUUGGCCCUGGAGCGCGGGGACAGUGCGUGGAGCGCCCUCUCUGUCAUCACAGAGUUACUGCAGCAGCACGGACAGGGCGGUCAGUGCCGGGAGGAUCCAGAGGCCUUCUCCUACCACAACACCUUCCUCCUGGUGGACCGCCGUGAAGCCUGGGUCCUGGAGACAGCAGGCGGGCUCUGGGCAGCUCAGAGGGUCUCAGAGGGAGUAAAGAAUAUCUCAAACCAGCUGACCAUCUCCACGGAGCUGUCUGCGGAGCAUCCAGAGCUGCGGGCGGUGGCUGAGGCCCAGGGCUGGUGGGACGGUCAGGGAGACUUCAGCUUCAGUGAGGUGUUCAGUCCAGAGCAACCUCCCGCCCGCAUGGAGCUAGCCAAACAGCGCUACAGAGGAGGCACCGAGCUGCUGCACCAAUACAACGGUUCCGUCACGGCAGAAGUGAUGAUGUCCAUAUUGAGAGACAAACCCAGUGGGAUCUGUAUGGACUCUGGAGGCUUCAGGACCACCGGCAGCAUGGUGUCAGUGCUGCCCACCGACCCCAGCCUGCCCUGUGUGCACUUCUUCACUGCCACCCCAGACCCAUCCAGGUCUGUCUUCAAGCCUUUUGUGUUUUCGGACUGUGCCGCCCCCGUGCUGAGGGUUGUGUCCCCACAGUUUGGAGCCGAGGACCCGGUCAGAAAACAGCCACGCUUCCAGAGCAAAGUAGACCGUAGACAUGACCUGUACAAAGCCCACCAGGGGGCGCUCAACACCAUGGAGACCAACCCCGACGAGGGGACAGUAAUUUAUGAGAUCUUGCGGGAGAUGGAGUCGCAAAAUCAAGUUCUACCAGUGAGCGCCCCCAUGUGGAUGCACUGGGCGAUCGCAGCAGGAGAUGGCCCUAUUUUACUGGAUAAGAGCGAGCAUUCAUCAGCAUACAUGCGUGAGACGUAA